GCACCCGAAGGCAGCAGUAGACGGAGGAGGUGUCGCUGUGAACACACUAAGGACUGAGCACACCCUUCCAGUAAGCUAGUCAGUGUUAAUGAGCACUAAAAUGUCGGGAAAGAGUUUUCGAGUAAGUGACGGAGACUGGAUUUGUCCCGAUAAAAAGUGUGGAAACGUGAACUUCGCUAGAAGAACUAGUUGUAACAGAUGUGGCAGGGAGAAAACCACAGAGGCAAAGAUGAUGAAAGCAGGAGGAACAGAGAUUGGGAAAACUUUGGCUGAGAAGAGUAGAGGCCUCUUCAGUGCAAAUGAUUGGCAAUGCAAAACAUGUGGGAAUGUGAAUUGGGCUAGGAGAUCAGAGUGCAACAUGUGUAACACUCCAAAAUAUGCCAAGCUCGAAGAGAGAACAGGUUAUGGUGGAGGAUUCAAUGAAAGGGAGAAUGUGGAAUACAUUGAAAGAGAGGAAUCUGAUGGUGAAUAUGAUGAAUUUGGUAGGAAAAAGAAAAAGUAUCGUGGAAAGACCAACAGCACAUCUUCCUCAAAGGAAAGCGAAAAGAAAGAAACAACAAAAAAGGAGGAGGAGGAGGAGGAGGAGGAGGAAGAUGAGGAAGACGAUGAUGGUGACCUUUCCAAAUACAAAUUGGAUGAUGAUGAUGAUGAUGAAGAAGAUGGAGAUCUGUCAAAGUAUGACCUGGAUGCCAGUGACGAUGAUGACGACGACAAGCAAGCUAAGAAAAAGGGCAGCCGCUCGGGUUCUUCCCGUUCCCGCUCAUCCUCACGCUCCUCAAGCUCCAGUUCUCGGUCCAGGUCCAGGUCCCGCUCUCGAAGCUCAUCCAGUUCCAGAUCUGGAUCUCGCUCGAGGUCCCGCUCCAGAUCCAGCUCCAGGUCUGGAAAGGGCUCCUCUCCCAGGAAGAGGUCCCGCUCACCCUCCUCUUCACCUGAGAGGAGACAGAAGCGCAGUCGCUCCAGGUCCUCAUCUGGAGGGAGAAAGAGGAGGCGUUCUAGAUCACGUUCGUCCGAAAGGUGCCGUGGCCAGUCUUCUGGAUCCUCCCAUUCUGGCUCCAGCUCAAAAAAGAAAUAAUUUACUUACAGCCUUUAAAACAAGAAACAUUGGUACAAGUGCAUGUUGUGUUUCAAGGAAAACAACCACAUCCUUUCAGUAUGCUGUUUAUUUUCAUAGAAAAGUCUUACUUCCCUCAGAAAAAGCAGCGGCAACAUGACUUCUCUCUGCCGUUAUCAUUACAUUACAUCCCUUUUUUAAACCACAUACACCCAAAUCUGUGAUGCGUGUCUGUAACUAAUUAACAUAAAUGUUUGGUCCACUAAGAAAAUCCAAAUAUACUGUGAGGAGGCUGUGUUGCAUUUUAAACCCAUUCUGAAGAACACCUUCAUGGCAGUACAUUUUAUUGUACUCGUAUGUGGAGAAAUUAAAGUAAACAUUUUUUGCCUUUUUUUUUUUUUUUUUUGUUGCUCUAGGAAACAUCUGAGGUAUUUUUUUUUUUUUCCUAAAUAAAUUUAUUUUUUAAAUAAAAGGUGAAGUACUUAAACACCAAUUUAGAAUACCAGAGAUGUAGCAGUGAAUUUUGGCUCGUCUUUUAUUUUCUUGAUAAAUGUAUUUUUUUUUUUCUUUUGUGUUUUCAAGGUAAGUAUUUUACUUUUUAAUAUUGCUUAUCACAAGUAAAUGGCAGUAAAUGCAGCGCUCUUUGGUUUAGGUCAGAGUCUUUUUUCCCACCCCUCUUCUUCUUCUUCUUCUUCUUCUUCUUCUUCUUCUUCCUCUUUUUAAAAUUGACGACUGGUUCACCACAGUUGUUGCUCUUUAUUUGUCACUUGGGUCACUAAUGAAUUCAUAAAAUGACAGAUUUUUGUGGUCCAGAUUAGUGCAUCAGGAUUAAACAUACAAUAUGUCCCGAUUUCUGGUAGGCUAGAAUGUGUCAAUCCAGUCUAUUGGUAAAACAACAAAUGUACACAUGUAAAUAAAAUCCUGUCGACAUUGGG